AGAGCUCGCGUGUGAUGUGUUUGUGUAUCCUCAGUGUUUUUCUCUCUUGAGUGUUUUAUUGAGUGUAAACAGAGUCUUGUCUCUGUGUAUUUUAGUGUUGAUGAUGGAUGUGAUGUGCUGUAAAUCAGGAACUGAUCAGGGCUUACAGGAUGAGGAAUCUACUGAUCAAACCUCGACAGAGUCUCUGGAUUCUGUCUGGAACGCUGGAGAACAGCAGCAGAUCCUGCAGACCAAACUCAAGAUGUGUUCAGUCAAACUCAUCGACUUCAGGAACCUCAUGAUGAAGAUCAAAACUGAACCUACAGAAAUACAAACUGAACCUACAGAAAUUAAAACUGAGCCAACAGAAAUAAAAACUGAACCUACAGAAAUUAAAACUGAACCUACAGAAAUAAAAACUGAACCUACAGCAGAUGAAUAUGAAGACAAACACAAUGAUGGUCAUGAUUUUAUUAUUUCAGAUGUGAGGAGUGAAUUAUGUUUGGAUGGAGAAAUAACGUCCUCGAAUCUUUCCUGCAUCACCGGUGGAGAGACAUUGAGCUCACAGAGACAUUUAGAGAGAAAACACACAGAACAGAAACUCUUUACCUGCAACAAAUCUGAGAUCAGCUUUACUACCUUACAAGAGAAGAAACUUCAUUCAGAAGAACACAGAAAGAAGAAGAAGAAUAAGAGUCAGUUUCACUGUCAGCAGUGUGGGAAGGAUUUUUUUACAACAAAAUCUCAUAUAAACAGACACAUGAGGACACACAGUGCUGAAAAGUCUUUCUACUGCACUGAAUGUUGUAAAUAUUUCAGCACCAAAGAAAAUCUUAAUGUCCAUAAGAGAAUUCACACAGGAGAGAAACCAUACGAGUGUCCUCACUGUGAGAUGAGAUUUAUCUGGAAACAUAAUCUGAAGAGACAUGUGUUUAUACACACAAAUGUGACACCGAAUCAGUGCAUUGAAUCUGGAAAAACCUUUAUGGAUUCAGGUUCAUUAAAAUCCCACCAGAAUAUUCACUCUGAGAAAAAACUCUUUCAAUGUUCACACUGUAAUAAAUGUUUCUCUCAUAAAUGUAAUCUAAUAGUCCAUGAGAGAGUUCACACUGGAGAGAAACCUCAUCACUGUCAUGUUUGUGAGAAGAGUUUUAAGAAAAGUGUACAUUUAGUGAAUCACCAGAGAAUUCAUACAGGUGAAAAACCUUACAAAUGCUCUCAGUGUGAGAAGACGUUUGCUCAUUUAACUUCCUUAAAAGUCCAUGAGAGACUUCACACUGGAGAGAAACCUUAUCAUUGUAGUGUUUGUGGGAAGAGUUUUCAUCAACUUGCCACUUUAUUGUCACACCAGAAAGUUCAUACAGGUGAAAGACCUUACAAAUGCUCUCAGUGUGAGAAGACGUUUGCUCGAUCAGAUGGCCUGAGGACCCAUCAGAGAGUUCAUACGGGAGAGAAACCUUACCACUGUAAUGUUUGCAGGAAGAGUUUUAAUCAAAGUGAACAUUUAGUGAGACACCAGAGAAUUCAUACAGGUGAAAGACCUUACAAAUGCUCUCAGUGUGAGAAGACGUUUGCUCAGUCAGGUUCUUUAAAAGCCCAUCAGAGAGUUCAUUCUGGAGAAAAACCUUACGUCUGCUCGAUCUGAAGAAAGAGCUUCAUUACUUCAUCUCAAGCCAGAGUUCACGAGAAAGUUCAUCACUAAUGUUUGUGGGAAGAGUUUCAGUCGAAAUGAGAAUUUAGUGAAACAGCAGAGAAUUCAUACACAUGAAAAUUUCUACAAAUGUGCUGAGUCAGCUUCUUUUAAGGGUCACAGUGUGAAAAUCUGACUUUUUCAUGUUUUAGUUCUAUAAUUGGGUCCCCAGUUCUUUUAUCAACCUAAAAAACGCGGGAAAAAAACAACUCAGUCAUUAAAGAACAACACUGUUAUUUAGUCGCACUAGACUUUGUCACUGCAUUAUUAAUACUGCCAAAAGGUUAGGCGUCCGUCUGGUGGGAAAGUGACAUUUUGCGUAAUUAUCAAUAUUUCGAGGCACACUUUAUGAAUCACUUUAUUUUAUAAAACACUGUUGAAAUAUUUUAUCUAGAGGCUUAGAACUUUUCAACCAUACAUAGUUUAUCAUGACUCAAUUAAAAUUUACAUAAAAAAUAUUAAAGUAAACUCAGGUGUCCCCUAUAUGGGGCGGUGACAAUUAAAUGGUUAAACUUCAAUAACUUUUAGUUACAACUAUAUUUUUUAACUUUUCCAAUUUAGCAAUAAUCUUCUAUGUGUCUUCUUUCAAAUGAGACCAACCUUGUGUUUAUAUUCCAAAGCAUUUAUGAAUUACAGCUAUUUAAGUUUCUAAAGUGCAUUUUUACGGGAAAGGGUUUUUAAUGUAUUUUUAUAAUUCUGAAAACAGUAGAAGUGACACAGCUUCUAUCUAGCACUGAAUAAUUUUUACUCAUUAAACCCAGCACACACAAGAACAAGUGAUGGCCAAAUUAAGCGUUUAAAAGCGUUAUUGCUUUCAGAUACAAUUGUGUCGAAAAUAGUUCAUUACUCGAACUUUAGCUUUAUUCAAAUAUAAAAUGCGGAGCACCAUCUGCUGGUGAAGUAAAUGUAAUGCAACAAAGCUGACAACCAUAAAAUGCAAGUAGGCUAAUGUUUCCGCCCCAUUUAGGCGGUCAAAGCUUUGACACAGUGUUCAUGGUUACAAAACCAUUUAUGUGGUAGGUGAGUGUCACAGAUUCUGAUUAAUUUAAUGUAUUCACCUUGAUAAUAAAACAUUAAU